CGAGGAGCGACCCUUUCCGCCGCCAUUUUUGGAGUCGCGGACGGGCCCUUUCGAAGAUGAGCGCGCUUUCCCGGCGGGGUCGGGCUCCGCCGGCGCUUUUCCUCCUCGCCGUGGCGCUUCUGACGGGGCCGGCCGGGGCCUACAAGCUGAACGUGCCGAAAGUGUUGCUGCACUUCAGCCGGGACAAGCGGGUCCCCCUCCUGCUGGGCGCCGGGGGCGGGUGCUCUUUCUGGUACUCCACACGCCACGACACAGUCACCAUUGAGCCAAUAUACGAGAACGGGACUGUUUGCUCGCAGAAAGCGUUGCUCACCACCCGCUCUCUGCAGGCCACAAAGCUAGCCAGCGUGAUUGUAGCAGAGGAGAUAGUAACCGGUCACUUGCUCCGCUGUGACAUCAUUGUGGAUCUCAUUGACCAGGUUGAAAUAGUCUCCCGAACUCGAGAGAUCUAUGUGGAAGACUCUCCGCUGGAGCUGAGCGUGAGAGCUUUAGAUGCUGAAGGGAACACAUUCAGCAGCUUGGAAGGGAUGGAAUUUGAGUGGAGUGUUGCCAAGGAUGAUGAAAUGGAAAACUUGGAACUGUCGAAGAAAAUAAGGAUUUUAAAAUACUCGGAGGCUGAAUAUUCCCCACCCGACUACAUCGUCCAGAUGGAAAAGGAGGAGAAACAAGGAGAUAGGAUUUUGGUCUCGGGGAUCAAAACCGGUGCAGCCGUCAUCAAGGUCCGAAUCCAGGAGCCCGUUUACAAGAAAGUUGCUGCUGCUUUGGUGCGUCUGUUGGUUUUGGAGAAUAUAUUCCUUAUGCCUUCCUACGAUGUCUACCUGCUAGUGGGCGCUUAUAUCAAAUACAGAGUUGGCAAAAUAGUGCAGGGAAAGAUCACAGAGGUAGACCUCCCUCUGGAGCAUUACGAGCUCGAACUACAGGAUGAAGUUAAGGCGCCUAGCGGGUUUCACUUUCUCCCAGUGGCCCAACUAGAUGUGAACACAGCCACCGUCACCGCCUUGCAGCUGGGCCAGGUGAACCUGGCCUUUGUCCAUAAAAACAUCCACAUGCGAGCGUCGCUAGGGCUUCCGAACUGCAGCAUCUAUGUGGUAGAACCUGGAUUUUUAGGCUUCACUGUCCAGCCGGGAAACAGAUGGGUCUUGGAGGUGAUGCGGAUGUACACCAUCACGGUUGAAGUGUUUGACAAAUCGAGCACCAAGAUCUAUCCCUCGGAUAAUCUCCGAAUAACUCACCAGUUUCCCAGGGAAUAUUUCGAGGAGUUCACUUCUUCCGCGAACGGCUCCUAUCACAUUGUUCAGGUCCUGAGGGAAGGCGUUACGGUUAUUAAAGCCAUGUUGCUGUCUGUUCUUCUCCAGAGUGGCUUGGAAGAUUAUUUCGUGUCCCCUAUCAGCCAUGAGCAAGAAGUAAAGAUCUAUCUCCCCAUCAAGCUGACACCUUCCUUCUUAGCCUUCCCACACCAUCCUCUGGACUUCUUGUAUCGGUAUAAAGUUCAGGUCGAGGGCGGUAGCGGCAACUUCACAUGGACCUCUUCCAACCAGACCGUGGCCACCGUCACUAUCAAAGGCGUCGUUGCCGCAGGGCUGGUGGAGGGGCAAAGUGCUGUGCAGGCCAGAGACGUACAGAAUCCCUUCCAUUUUGGGGAAAUACAGGUGUACGUGCUGAAGCUCUCCAAGAUGGAAUUCCUGCCGUUCCACGCAGACGCUGAGAUCGGGCAGAGCUUGGAGGUGCAGCUCAUGAUGUAUCACACGGAGAAGAAGACAGGGGCCACCACCGCUUUUACCGACUGCUCUCUCUUAGCCUUGGAUGUCAGCAUGGACAAGCAAGGAGUAUUUGCCUUGAGCGAAGAGGGGAAGCAGAAAGUCGGCGCGACGUUCUGCUCCAGUAUCCAACUAAUGGCGAAGUCUCUGGGGCACGCGCUAGUGACAGCCAGCGCCACCAUCUCUGAGGAAUAUUUUGAAACCAGCGCGACUUUUGCAGCUUACGAACCUCUCAAGGCAGUGAACCCCGUGCAAGUGGCAUUGGUGACCUGGCACUCCAUGAAGGAAAUGGUCUUUGAGGGAGGGCCCGGACCCUGGGUUUUGGAGCCGUCCCGCUUCUUCCUGGAACUCAAAGUGGACGAUAAAAACAAGUUCCACGUGGUGGAGGUUCGUUUGCCAGCUCGGAGGAAGCAGAACCAGUACAUUUACAGAGUCACAUGCUUGGAAUUGGGGGAACAGAUCUUCACCUUCCAAGUGGGCAAUCACCCAGGAGUGCUGAACCCCAGCCCUGCCGUGGAGAUGGUGCAAGUCAACUUCAUUUGCGCCCAUCCUGCCAGCAUGGCUGUUACACCUGUGUAUAAGUUGGCAGUUGGCGCACCUCCCUGUCCCUUGCCUCAGCACCACAAGCAGCUGGUCCCUGUGUCCAGUUUGAGGAACACAGUUUUGGAGCUCGCUUUGUUUGACCAGCACCGGAGAAAGUUUGACAAUUUUUCUUCUCUGAUCCUGGAGUGGACGUCGGCCAAUGAAACCCUUGCUCGCUUCACUCACCCAAGAUCCAUGCAGAUGGUAGCCAAGGAUGAUGGGACUGGACAGACAAGGCUCCACGGACACCAGCUGUUAGAGGUGCACCAGAUCAAAGGGACAGUUUUGAUUGCAGUGAACUUUGUGAAGUAUUCUGAGAGAGGCAGCCCAAAAGAGGUCUCUAACUCUCCUGCUUCUGCAGCUGUGGAACUCUUGCUGGUUGAGGAUGUAACUGUGGUCCCCGAUAACGUCACCAUGUACAACCAUCCUGACGUAAAGGAAGUCUUUGCCCUGGUGGAAGGCUCUGGGUACUUCCUCGUCAACAGCAGCACAGAGGACAUGGCAAACAUUACCUACCUGGAAACGGAGAGCACCAUCCAAGUUGUUCCAGUCCUGCCUGGUUCUUUGGCCCUGGAGGUCUACGAUCUCUGCCUUGCAUUCUUAGGACCGGCUACAGCUUACCUUCGAGUAUCAAACAUGUAUGAGUUGGAGGUGGAUCUUAUUGAUAAGGUUGAGAUCGGCAAGUCCGUGCUGGUCUCGGUGCGGGUCCUGGGCCAUCACCGCUAUGCUUUCCGCAGUAAAUACUUCGCCUACAUGCAACUUCAGCUGAAAGCCGCCUCCCCGAUUGUGAGUCUGACGCUGAUGGAGGAGACAGGCGACUACUCCGAAGUCUAUGUGCUCCGAGCCGUGGCAGUUGGCCAAACAACUUUAGUGGCCACAGCUUGGGACAAAAUGGGAGUCAAAUUCAUGUCUCCGCCACGGAAGGUGGAGGUCUUCCCACCCUUCAGGCUCAUCCCUGAAAAAAUGACACUCAUCCCCCACAACAUGAUGCAGGUGAUGUCAGAAGGGGGCCCCCAGCCUCAGUCCCUCAUUCACUUUUCAAUCAGUAACCAAACAGUGGCCGAGGUUAAUGGACUGGGGCAGGUCACCGCCAAGGGUGUGGGCACGGCGUUCAUCCUGGGGAGCAUUCGAGCCGUCAACGAGGACACGGGAAAAGUCAUCGUCUUCUCCCAGGAUCAAGUGGAACUGGAAGUGGUUCAGCUGCGGAUGAUUCGGAUCCACGCUCCUGCCACUCGACUUGUCACGGGCACUAAGAUGCCAGUUUACGUUGUUGGACUGACCAGCACGCUGACUCCUUUCUCCUUUGGGAACACUCACCCGCCCCUGACGUUCCAUUGGGCCAUGAGCAAACGGGACGUCUUGGACCUUCUUCCCAGGCAUUCAGAGAUUUCCUUGGACCUUCCUCCAGAAAGCAAUUUUGCCAUGGUCCUGCAGACAAGAGCAGCUGGCAGGACGAGCAUCAGGGUGAUGGUGCGGACUUUGGACGCCCAAGCUGGGCAGUUUGAAGGAAACCUCACCGAACUCUUGGAUGAAGUGCAGAUACUGGUCUUCGACAAGCUGCAGCUCUUCUCCCCAGAGUGCCCCGCUGAGCAAAUCCUGAUGUCCAUGAAUUCAGAACUCAAGUUACUUACAAACAGGGAAGGGGCAGCCUUUCUGAGCACCCAGAUCCUGCAGUGCUUCCCUAACUCCUCGGUCAUCGAAGAGGAUGGGCACGGCCUCCUGAAGGCGGGGGCGGUGACAGGCACAGCCGUGCUGGAGGUGACCUCCCUGGAACUCUUUGGGGUCAACCAGACCGUCGUCACCGGUGUGCGGGUUGCCCCAGUAUCUUACCUGCAGUUCAGCAGCACCCCAAAGCUCUACACAGCCAGCCGGGCCCCUCUGCUGGCGUUUCCCUUGGGCAUGUCUUUGACUCUCACUGUUCAGUUCUUUGACAGCGUCGGGGAGAAGUUCCAUGCCCAGAACACCCAGCUGUAUCUGGCCUUGAACAGAGAUGACCUGUUGCUCAUCCGGCCCAGCAGCAAGAAUUACACUUACAUCGCACAAGCCGUGAACCGAGGCGUUACGCUAGUGGGAGUUUGGGAUGAGAAACACCCAGGCAUGGCGGAUUACAUUCCCGUCCCUGUGGAACAUGCCAUCGAGCCAGAUCUCUCUGCCCCGCUUGCCACGGGAGAUGUAGUGUGUUUCAGCACACCUCUUGUUAACCAGGAAGGGGAACCUGGAACAUGGCAGAUCACCCCCAGCGAUGUGCUGGAGAUGGACGUGGUGAGCGGAGCAGCGUUUGCAAAGCACCCAGGGAAAGCCACAGUCUUCCACGAAAUCUCGGGGAUUGUGAAAACAUACAGAGAGAUCAUCAUUCAUGGUCCCUCGAGACUAAGCCUUCACCUCGGUCCCAAAAACUUCCUAAGCAAUACUCCCAAUGCCUCCGAAUUCCAGGUUUUCAUCUCCACAAGCCCAGCAACUCUUCGAGGUCCUUGUGGGUCUGAGCAGCUUCGUGCCAUCACAGAUCUGCUUCUCCCCGAAUCUCAGCUGACUUGCCAAGUGGAUUUCAGCGAGAGCGUCCUGAACAUUCCAGCGAGCAAAAUAUUUCACGUGCAGCCGGUGUUUUAUACAGAUAAAGGGCUCUACGCUUGCAUAGUAACCGUGAAGGCCCACCCUGAAGAUGAUCUGCUGGCCCUCUGCACAGUGGAAGGCUUCGUGCACGUGUCCGCUGCUCUCCUCAGCGAGCAAACCCAAGGAGAGCAACGGAUCUCGGUCCCGUUUUUCCCGGCUUUCUACAUCAACCAGACCGAAAUUGUCUUCAGCAGCUCCCAGCUGACCAGCGAAAUCCUGGUCUUCGGGGCCAGGAGAGUGACGGAAAAAAUCGAGGCCCAUCCCAGUUCUCCGGUAGUGCAAGUGGAACCGCCCCUCCUCCUGCUCGACAUGCCCGGGCUUGUCCUCUACCCGGUCAGCGUGGUCAAUCUCACCUCUCUCCACCGGAGGGCAGCACCCGUCUUCGUCAACCUCUCCUGCAGCCUGACGGGGCAGAGGGCCGCUGUCUUGGUGCGGCCCGUGCAGGAACAGCACGUCUUUGAUCAAUGUGCUGAGGCCAGCCUCGUCCGGCAGCUGGUGGGGUCAUACCAGGUCCUCCUCUUCACCAUCUUCGCAGUCCUAGCAUCCACCAUGGUCAUCUUUCUCACCUAUAAUGCCUUCCUGAACAGAGUUCAGACUGUCCCAGUGGUCUACGUUCCCACCUCGGCCACAACGCAUGAAGGGUACCUCUAUUCUCCACUAAGUGCUACGCACCACCCUUCCAGCCUAAGGAACAGGACUCAGGCCUGGCUGUGGAGCGUACGAAGGUGACUUCUAGAAGAAUGUGAAACAAGUAAACUGA